AUGUGUACUACACCAAUCAGUCUGCUAAUUAGGAAGCAGAAGUCCUUGGACGCAAAUGACAAGAAGCAGGAAUUCGAGUUUGUUGACCACAGCCCAUCGAAUCCACCCGUUGCCGACGAAAGGCCACAGCCUCUGAGCACGGAUGAGACACAGCUCCACCGGUUUGCGACAAACUUAGAAGAACAAAGUGGCCAGCGAGUAGAGGAAAAUUAUCGUGUCAAGCGACAGCAAAAACCAGAGCCAGACGCGGUCCAAGGAACUGAAACAGACGCCGCUUCACCGGAGCCAAGGAAAUCUCGAAGGAACAGUUUCACGCGAUGGCUAUUGGAUUCAUUGGGACCUCUAGAACCAUACGAGUAUGGAACUCAUACUUUUAUUCCGGAUGACGUGUACGUGGAAUUCAACGGUCUACUAUACAACGCCGAAUUCGGGUCCCCGAAACGCAGUAUGUCGCGAAUCUAUGGGGAAGCCGAACAACGCCGUUAUCGACCUCAGAAUCCCGCAUCAAAGGCAAAGAACUCCCGGUAUUCAUGGGGGGGAUUUGACCUUGCGCACAGAACUGGAGAGGUGGAGCGUCAAGAUGACCUGGUUGCCAUCUUGGAGCAUGAUGAAUCGAACACACACGGACAUGUUACUGCGCCUGCUGAUGAGCCAGUCACUAUACCUCGAAGGGAGUUGUCUGAGAGAAGGUCAGGUCAUCAAGAUGAUCAUCGAAGUGGUAUAGUGAUUGAGACGUCCCUACAAGAGACUAUAGCCGCCGACCCUACUGGUCAAAUGUACUCAACACUCAAUAAUCAUGAUGACAAUCAGCCUGAUUCGGGGAAUAUCCAGGCAUUUAUGCCGCGUGAUGCUGCAUCUGCCCCUGCCCCUGAACCCAAGACUCCAACGCAGAGGAAAAGACGAAGUUUUAUCCGAAGAAUGUCGUUGUCGUUGUUCAACAAACGUAGGAACUCCAAUGUGGUCAAUGGCAACGCCAUAAAAGUAUAA